UUGAUAAUCAUUCUAAAUAUUUUGGAUUACAUCCCUAAAUCUUUUAUAAAAGAUGGGUAGGUAUUAGCAUGUUUCCUAACUAUAGUUUUAAAGGUUCGUUCUAGUAUAACUUCGCUCUAAUGUAACUUAAGAGGCAUCCUCGUAUUUCUAAGCCAUCACAUAAUGUAUUUUUCAAGUUGUUAAUGUUUGUUUUUGUCAGAAAAUGGUGCAUACAUCAUCCAAUAAAACAAAAUGUUGUGGCUUGCCUCUGUGUUUGCAUGGAAAUUGCAAUCCAAGUGGUAACGCAUUUUAAAAUAUCUAGCAAACUGCAGUAGCUUGAGUAAAGAUAUUCAGGACAAUCAUUUUAAAGCGCAUAUUAUUUAAACGCAGCUUGUUUCUUACUGAUGCAUGUUUCCAGAUUUCAGACUUAAUACAGCUCAGUGUUCUCUGCCUGAGUAUAUACACUACACCUGAGAUGAGAAACAGACUUUCUGUCACUUCUGACAGCCAAUUUGAACUUAAACCAGCAUAAUGCGCUAAACUAGUGUCUCCAAGUUGGUUCUGUCUUUGAGUUUGACAGCAAUAGAUUCCUUCUUGAAUAUUGAAUGUGUGUUCUUGUUAUACGUUCUAAUAGACAAGUUUUUAAUAUUUCUGUUUUAAAUGAUUUGAAACAGUUCAGGCUAUUUGAGAAAUUCAGUGUGUUUUAGUGAGUUUCGUUCUCGGUGUGCACGGAUGUUUCAGACCAGAUGAGAUGCAGAUCUGUGUGCUGCAGACCUAACGUUCUUGACACUGUUCUGAAUUUCAGCUAUGCUCUGAACUUUUCUUCAAGCAGUGAUGAUGAGGAAUUUGAAAUGUUUUUAGCUAGAAUGAAAACUCCAAAAUCCCUGACACGUCAAGUUUCCAAAAAGGAGGAUGUGAGUUUGAAGGACUUCAUCGAUGACUCAGUGGACGAUUUCUUCUUGGACUUUAAAAAGAGAAACAGCACAACUAAGAACGCACGGAAGGAUCUUCAGAUCCCGAAGAAGCUAACGAGUUCUGGAAAAGAAAAUAUUUGCUCCCAAGAGUUGCCGCAUCUGGAUGCUUUAAGUGACAGUGAAGAUUCUGUCUUCAUAGAGAGUCCAUGGCAUGACCGCCAAAAAGGGGGAGUGAAAGACUUGAGGGAGAAUCUGAGGUGCAUAAAACUCCCUCCUCCACAAAAUCAGAAGGAGUUGAUUUCCAGAUGUAGUCCAGACUUGCUUUUUGGAGGGAAAGAAAGAAUUUGUGAAAAGGAGAAUACAGAAAAUAAAGUGCCAGCCUUGGCACUCCAGCAAAGCGCAGAGUUAGAAUCAGAUAGCUCUGAUGGUGAAUUUGAGUCAUUAAUAGAGCGGAUAAGAAAACAAAGUCUGCCUCGAAAACCUGUCUUAAGUACAAGUAAAACGGUCUUCCAGCCAAGCACGAAAGAAAACCUCAAGUCACCCUGUGAAGGUGCUCACCCCUCGAGCAAGGGGGAGGGAGGCAAGAUGCCAAAGUCAAACUCCAUUUUACUUAAAGAAACACCUACCAGGAUAAUGGCUUCGGUGAGAAUUCCUGGGAACGAAUCGGUCAGUUGUUCACCAUCAGCACAGACAAAGGAAAAGCUUAAUUUGUGCUCAGUGCCUGGCUGUUUCUUGCGAGAUCUCUCAAACCCAGCAUCCCAAUAUGUGAAGUAUUUCAAGAAAAAUAAAGAGGACCUGACCCAGAAGCUAUACUGUCUCUAUAACAGCACCGUUUUUGAGCAGAAGUUACCCGAGAAAAUGGAAAUAAUCUGGAAUAAGAAAAUGAGAAAAACAGCAGGAUAUUGUGUAACUGGGCAGACAAAAAGUCCUGAAGCACAGCGUUACGCUCGAAUAGAACUCUCUGAGAAAGUCUGUGACUCUGCAGACCGUCUUCGAGACACCCUGAUUCAUGAGGUUUGCCAUGCAGCCACCUGGCUGAUCAAUGGUGUUCGGGAUGGGCAUGGACAAUUCUGGAGACUAUAUGCCAAGAAAUCGGCUAUGAUUCAUCCAGAACUGCCAGUGGUGACACGAUGCCAUAGCUAUGAGAUUAAGUACAAAUUCACCUAUGAGUGUGUUUUGUGCAAAACCACGAUUGGACGUCAUUCCAAGUCGCUGGACACGGAGCGUUUUGUGUGUGCACGCUGCGGGGGGCAGCUGGUCCUGAGUCAGCCCACUCGGAAAGACGGCACUCCUGCUAGGACACAUCUAACGCCCUUUGCAAAGUAUGUGAAAGAAAACUAUGGAUCUACUAAAAAAGAGCAGCAUGGGCUGAGCCAUGUAGAAGUUAUGAGGAAACUCAGUGCUGAGUUUGCUUUAAAAACUAGGCUUCAAGAUUCCUUGUAAAAUCGCAGUGUUCGUACUUUCUUGAGGCUGCUUAAUUUUUGUAUGUAUCACUAAAGUAAGUAGCAUGGAAUAUAUAGAAAAUUUUUUGGAAGAUUCCGAACAAUUUUAAUAGCUUAGCAGUCGAAGAUCCUGAGGCCUUUUCUGAAAUGGGUAACACAGUGGACAAGAAGUAAUGAUGAUGGGGAAUCAGAGCAACAGUACUCUAAGUUGCAGUUGACUGGUUUGUGUAUCCUCCUCAAACUUCAGGUAAACAGCUACUGCACCUGGGAAGAUGCAGUUCUAGGCCCUUCACGGGACGGAGUCGCUAUAUUUGUCUUGGGUUUUCUUAACGAUAUUUACACAUAGUGCCUCAUAGCGCGUGUUCAGGGACUCUACUGAGCAAUAGUUUUGCUGUGUAGGUCAUCUGGGUAGCUGAUGUGCUCACUUAGGGGGUAUGCUAGACUCCAUAUAAACAUGCCAUAGAACAGCUGUGCGUAUAUCUGGGAUUGCCAGAUGCAAGAAAACUCAGGCACAUGAGCCAAGUCCUGUGAUUCUGUCUGGAUGAAGGGCAGAUCUGAGACUUGAAUGUGGGUCCAGGUGUUCUCCCAAGGAGAGUUUAUUGAAUGAUCCUUGGCUGUUUUCCUUAAAAGUAAGCUGUAGGAAAGAUGGUGCCUCAAAUUUUUUAGAGACAGUGUGAGCUUUCUCUAAAGCCCUCUAGCCCCUACUGAGAUCAAAGCUAUCUUUCUGGUUAAAUUUCGAUGGCAAUUGUUCCUCAAUAACUGAGGUUUCAUAGAAACUAAAAUAGAUGCAAAAGGGCAGGUGGGGGAGAAAGCAAAUUCGAACAGUUUUUCCACGAGAGAAUGAGAAGCAUAUAUAGGCAGCUGACUUGAAUCUUUCCUGUAGAAUUUGAAUGUGUGUUAAGACUUGCUGUGUGUGUUUGCCGUGAACAAAUUGCUCAGGUGAUUCGCAGUUUUGCAUCAUCAAUAAAUGUCUUUUUAU